GUCCGAUUCCAUUGCAUAAUGGGUAUUAUGUUGAACUGUAAUGGAUCGCCACUGUUAUCAUUACUGUGCAGAUGAUACCCUCGGCAGCUUUAGGAACCACACCAUUACCAAUGGGCUCGCCCCACUGGUCUGGACAAGAUGCCCAAUAGUCGGUUCGUGCCGUGCUUCUGCAUCAGAAAAUUCACACUGCCUGAAAACCCACUUGAAGUGGUCGAUCAUUUCCCACAUUGCUGGGCGGAAAAACGAAAUGACAGAAAAAAAUGAAGAAAAAAUUUAUCAAUCUAUCGGAUAUCCACUGAGAGAGACUAACCAGAGGCCGCCCCUCUUCGCUCCCCUGCCAAGUGGAGAAGAUCAUGCCCCUCGUAAGUUCGUAACCUCUGGCUCUCCCAUCUGUUUCGCUCUUUGGCUACUCCGCUUUUUGUAGAGCAAAAUCUCUUGGUCUCCCGCUGUUGUCCAUGGCGUCAAUCAAUGGUUAGUCCCAGUCUUGCAUCUGGACGCCGCAACCGGAGCCGUUCUAAUGCUAAACUCCCCUCGCCUCUAGCGUAUCCAUUGAGGGCAUGGGUAUGUGUCAUGGUUUCCUAGCUAAAUUCUUUUUUCUCCCUUCUUCUUGGUUUCUCCUUCUCUGUUCCUUCCUUGACCCUUCCUGUUUGUUUUCUGGUGUCACUUGUACGCGGUGUCUGUCCACUGUUCUCGAGCAUCGUCUUUCCCCCGGGGGAUGCUUAUUGGGGGUGUUUGUCUGAGUGAACC